AUGGCAGGGCCGGCGGCCGUGCGGCGGCGGGGGCCGGGCUGUGGGUCGCUGCUGCUGCUGCUGCCAGCGCUGCUGGAGAGCUGGGCGGCUUGCCAGGCGCCGCCGGUGCCCGCCGCCGAAAUCCCUCCGGAUGGUGCCGGGCUCGGCGUCGAGCGGCGCUUCGUGCCCGAGAGCUGCCCGCGGGCCGUGCGCCCCGGAGACUUCGUGCGCUACCACUACAUCGGCGCCUUCCCCGACGGCACCCGCUUCGACUCCAGCUAUGACAGGGGAUCCACAUUCAACGUGUUUGUGGGCAAAGGUCAGCUUAUUGCUGGGAUGGACCAAGCUCUGGUGGGCAUGUGUGUGAAUGAGCGUCGGUUUGUGAAAAUUCCCCCUAAGCUUGCCUACGGAGCUGAAGGCAUCCCUGGUGUGAUACCCCCCAAUGCUGUGCUCCAUUUCGAUGUGCUCCUGAUAGAUCUGUGGAACUCGGAGGAUGAAGUGCAGGUUCAGACUUACUUCAGGCCUGAGAAGUGUCCUCGGACAGUCCAGGUGUCUGACUUUGUACGGUACCAUUACAAUGGAACAUUCUUAGAUGGGACCCUGUUUGAUUCAAGCCAUAAUCGGAUGAGAACUUAUGAUACCUAUGUGGGAAUUGGAUGGCUGAUUCCUGGUAUGGACCAGGGUCUCUUGGGAAUGUGUGUAGGAGAGAAACGCAUGAUCACAAUACCACCUUUCCUGGCAUAUGGAGAAGAUGGAGAUGGUAAGGAGAUCCCUGGCCAAGCUUCCCUUGUCUUUGAUGUAAUUUUGCUGGAUCUACAUAACCCCAAGGAUGGUAUUACUAUUGAGAACCAGCUCGUGCCCGAAUCCUGUGAGCGGAGAAGUCAGACAGGAGACUUUCUCCGAUACCAUUACAAUGGCACACUUCUAGAUGGAACAUUAUUUGAUUCCAGUUAUUCGCGAAACCAUACAUAUGACACCUAUGUUGGGAAAGGUUAUGUGAUUGCUGGAAUGGAUGAAGGUUUGCUAGGUGUAUGCACUGGUGAAAAAAGAAGAAUAAUAAUCCCCCCUCAUCUUGGAUAUGGAGAAGAAGGGAGAGGAAAGAUUCCAGGAUCUGCAGUGCUGGUCUUUGAUAUCCACGUGGUAGACUUUCACAACCCCUCAGAUUCGGUCAGCAUUACUGUUCACUACAAACCUUCCAACUGCACUGUACUGAGCAAGAAGGGAGAUUACCUGAAAUACCACUACAAUGCUUCACUCCUGGAUGGAACCUUGCUAGACUCCACACACAGCCUUGGCAAGACCUACAACAUAGUUCUGGGAUCUGGUCAGGUGGUGUUGGGGAUGGACAUGGGCCUUCAGGAAAUGUGUGUUGGGGAACGACGGACAGUCGUUAUUCCACCUCACCUUGGUUAUGGAGAAGAUGGAGUUGAAGGAGAAGUGCCUGGUAGUGCUGUAUUAGUUUUCGACAUCGAACUGCUGGAAUUGGUGUCUGGCUUGCCUGAAGGAUACAUGUUUGUAUGGAAUGGGGAAGUCUCUCCCAAUCUUUUUGAAGAAAUAGACCAGAAUCAUGAUGGAGAGGUUAUUUUGGAGGAGUUUUCAGAGUACAUCCAAACUCAAGUUGAUACUGGCAAAGGAAAAUUAGCUCCUGGCUUUGAUUUUGAAAAAAUUGUUAAAAAUAUGUUCACCAAUCAAGACAGGGAUGGAAAUGGUAAAGUUACUGCUGAAGAAUUCAAGUUGAAAGAUCAGGAGGCCAAAGAGGAGCACGAUGAACUGUAAAGAUAAUAAAAAAACCAGGAAUCCUGAGCUGACCUACUGUUCAAACGUGUACGAGAAGGAGAUUUGGCAAGCAUGGUUUUGGAAAGAUAGCCCUCGGAUAGCCUGCGUCUGCCUCUGCUUGGGUGUGGGUUGGGUGUUAAAAUAGGAAGAGCUUUUCAGCUGGAAUUGUUAGAUAUCUCUGAAAAAAGUGUUAAG